AGCGGGAUUAUUUUAAUUGAAAUAAAUUUUCAGGUAAGUACAAAGAAAAUAGAAAAACCAGUUAAUCAUCUCAGAAAUCUCUUUUCAGAGUUUAUUUGGCUUGGAUCAAUUCAGUGAACAUGUAUCUCAAAAGAAAUCUGACCAAGAAAGAUACGAUCUGCAUGCCUUUACAAUCGACGAGCAUUUUAGACGUUCGAUGGACUUCUUUUAAUCGACCGAAACGAGCGGGUAGGAAAAUUCAUUCAUUUUGAUGAAUGGGUUAAUUAUUAAUUACUUUAUUUUCUGGGUAAUUUUUUGUUUAUUUACUUCUGAACUUGAAACAGCCAAUUAAUUACGAAAUCUUCAGUUUCAUAUACACUCAUUUAGCGAUGAGUUUGUAUAUUCGAAGUUGAAUCUACCCCCAGAAAUGCUCGUUAUACACCAACUCGCUAUGCUACUGAGAGACCAACGUUUGUCAGGGAUGAAAAGAUGCUGGGGGUGGCAGUCUUUCUGCCUCCGAUGCGUUCAGUGUUCGUUUCAGUCUCUGCCGGGCAUCAGUAGGGACUGGAGUUUCGACCAGGUCUGCUCCCCGCAACUCACGCUCUCUCCUCUUGAUUUGGAAAAUUCAACUUAUGCCGGGGUUUCAUCUCGAUUAACAAUGGAGGUUCUUAUCGCUAUUUAUGGUGUUUUAUUUUUGGUCGGAGUGAUCGGAAACGGGGCUCUUGCGGUCACUCUGUGGUGGGGCCGUGGAUCCAAGAGCCCACUUCUGCUUGGUCUAAUCAUCGCUGAUUUUUUCGUCUGCUGCUUGAGCGGUCCCAUUACUGCUCUUUUGUACACUUUACCACCGGAUUCAACCGGCUGGAAUCUUACCGCUACAUUCAUUCAGGCAUUACCGGUGUCGGCGAGCACUUUAUCCAUGAUGGUCGUGUCGAUCGAUCGCUAUUUCACCGUGAAAAACUACCGUCCCAUCGGGCAGGUUGUCACUAGACGCCAAGUGCUGAGCAUCACCGUCGCCGCAACCUGGCUCUCCGCCGCCAUACUAGCAUCGUUCCAGAUCAUAUCCAGAUUCAAAUACCCUUGGAAGAAGGGGCUGAUGAUCAGCCGCAUCACCCUGGUGCACAUCUUGCCCGCUUGCACCGUGAUGAUGAGCCACUUGGGAGUCCACCAAAAGCUAACCGCUCUGUCACUUACUGCUCGUGCUAAACAUGGAGAACUACCGCUACCGAUACCGCUGAUGAGAAGACCCACCCACGUCAUCAUUGUCGCAGGAAUGCCCAAGGUCAGUAUAAUAGGGGGAAGAAAGCAAAUGAGCAUGCCGACUGCACAGGACAACAUCGAAGAAGCUACUCCACCGACUACAACUUUACGCAGCCGUCGCCGUUUGGCCAAUUGCUUGGUAUGCCUCUCGAUUUUCUUCAUCAUCUGCUGGUGCCCGUACAUCGUGACCCAAUUCUGCGAGGAAUUCAUGGCGCCCGGAAUGACACCCGAGUACGUGCAACAACUGACACUCUUCCUUGGACAUAUGCACUCCGCUUUGGGACCUUUACUUUACUGGAGCAUGAACGACAAGUGCCCGAAAGGGCCGUGCUGCAGGAUCCGCAAUCUGACGAUCUACCGUAGCGCUUCCUCAACCAACGAAGCAGCUCUUGGGCCAUUUAACCCUCGGUUGGUUAGACCCCCUCCUUAUCGUCGUCGUUCCUCCCAGUAUUUGUUUUAGACCUGUGAUUCCUCGCUUGGUCGGGUAGCUAACUCGGCAAGCGUUAUAUCUAUUGUCUGUUGUAUACUGUCCAAAGUUUAAGCCAUUCUUUAACCUGAGAACCUGUUGUUUAAUAUCAAAAUUUGAAGUUUAUCGGAUGUUAUAAAUGUGUGAUAGAAAAAGGCUGAAUUAGGACUUUAAAUGUUAAACGUUAAUGUUUUCUACUCUUCCCUCCACUUUCUAUAUCUUUCUGAAUUUCCUCAAAUUCUUCACUCAAUCAUUCUAUGGAUUCAAUGUCAAUUGUAGAAGAGUGCUUAGCAGUUCGUAUAAUAAACGCUACUGUUUGUAACUCCAGGUCAAUGAUUCCGGAAGUAGUUUGGGCCUUUGCUUAAACUUAAUUUCCACUGCAAGUCUUGCUGCUUAGAGUUAGUGGAUUUUCUCACGAAUAUUGCAGUGAAAGAGUAUCACUGAAGUCGUAACGAUGACUAACUAGGUUAGGAAAAUAUUAAAUUGAAUCGUACAAAAAUUGUUGAUGAGAAAAUUCAGAAAUUCUCAUAGCAGAAUUUGAACAAGUAACAACCGAUAAUAUUAUGGUACCAGUAAAUUUUAUGCAUUGCAGUGAAAAGUUAGAAUAUAGAUGAAUAAUAAUUUUUAGUGGGAAUAUAUUUACUCUUAGAUAAAUACAAUAAAUUUUUUCCCAUAAGUUUCUAGUCUCACUAAUUCUGGUUAUUAAUAGGGCAGAAUUAGUAAGACAUCGAUGAUUUACUUAUAGAUAAGUAUUAUUGAAAAAAUUUCAACUAAAAGUAUAGUCUCUUGAAAAUACUGUGACUAUUUACUAGCCAAGAGAUUUAAGAGAGGACUAUAAUUUUUUGGUUGUUUUUUAUUUAGUCGCUAAAAAAGCACAAAGAAAAUUAAGUAAAGAUUUUAGUAAUUAUGAAUAUAAUUGCCAGCUAAGGAUUUGUAUAUAUGAUUUGUUAGCUAGAGGUAUAGUCAAGAAACAUGGGCAUCUUUGGGUAACACGAGGCUUUGAUUUUAUGAACAAUGAAAGAUUCAUUACAAAUCUAGCAUUUUUAAAGAUGAAUUAUUCGUAUAGGUAUUUAGGUUAUACCUAGAGCUACAAACAGCGGUGUCCAUGAACUGGUAAUUAAAUUAAUCUUCUACCAUAAUAUCAAUGUCACUCGUUGUAUCCGUUUAAUCGUUUAAAUGUUCAAUUACGAAAAUCCAAAAAAAAAGUAAGACAUCAAUGUCAAUGAGGUGUUAUAUGUUCGAUGUUGUUAUCUAACAAAUGUUCUAAUAAAUGUAUUUAUUUGGGUUUGAGCACAUUCAGAAAUAAAUAUUAUCCUCGAUAUCAUAAAGAUAAUCUCCGUCUACAAGGAACGAAAUCAUUGGAGAGGCUAUUUUCUUAAGGAGCAAUGGAACAUAUUUUCUCAUGAAUAGAGGUAAACUGGUUUUAUUUAUUUUUGUAACUUAUCUAUAAUAAAUGUAAAAUGUGAAAUCUUAACUAUGUCAAAUCAAACUAUAUACUGACAAUAAAUGUUGAUAAAACGUAUCAAAAUGAUUUUUACCUAAAUUUGAUUAGAAAAGUUCUCACAAUUAUUCAAAUCGUACGGAUUUCAUAUGCUCAUCAUUAAGCAUAUGCAGUUUAAGCAGAUAAAUACAAAUUAUCCGCAAUAUAAGGUUAGAUGGUUAGUAAAUUUCUAAGAGGAAAAUCGCAGAAUUUAGUACGUCCGAAAUGAAAGUUGAAAAAUAUGCAUAUCUAAUAAAAAUAAUAAUAAUUUGUUAGCAAAAUUAACUAAAUAAAAAUAGGACAUUACAUUUCCGAAAUAUUAUAGGCUAGUUGUAGGAAAAGCCUUUCCCUAAAAAAUAUAUUUCAAACAAAGUAUCUCGCAUUACCUAAAUGAUAAUUUCAUUUCACGUCCGUUAUACAAUAUCAAUAUUACUAUUAAUCAAAUCAGCAACAAAAAGCAUUCUCCUGUUUCACAAUUCAAGAGUAUACAAGAUUUAAGCGCCUGCUUCCUAAUAGAUCAUUCCAAUUAUCAAUAUUUGAAUACUAACGUGGGUUAUACAGUGCAUUUCUUUAAUGUCCCCCCCCCCUUUUAUUUUUUGAACGGAUCAACUUAGAAAAUUGAAAUUUGGGAUAAUGAAACUAAUGCAUGAUUACUAUAUUUUGGAGUAAAAUUGACAGAUGAAAAUUUCAAGAUGGCGACUGGGCGCCAUCUUGGGAAAUAAAUUUAAAUAGAAAGGGGUGUCUUGUGAUGCAUCAUUUUGAAGCUCCUGACAAAUACUCUACAACCCUGAAAUAUAAAGUCAAUAUCUGCACCUGCUACAAAAUGGCGGAACAUUUAAUAAUUACCUGAAUACAAACAAAAUAAUAUCAAUUUUUCUAGAAAUAUUUGUUUUUCUAUGGCAAACCGCAAUCCCAGCAAACCGAUAAGGUUUGACAGGUUAUUUUUGGUUAAAAAAAUUCCAAAAAAUUUAAGUACGACAACGAACAUUAAUUGUUUAGUCAAAAUAUGCUCAUUUAGUUUUUGGUUUUCCUAGUGUUCAAAAUAUUCUCUUUAGUUUUCGAUUUUCCUAGUGUUCAAAGUAUUUUCAUUUAGUUUUCGGUUGUUUAGUUCUCAUUGCAGUUAGGUAGCACGUCAACUAACUCUAAAAUGGCCAAUUCUCGCCCAUUGGAAGAUGGAGCACCACCACAUUACUCCAGACAAGUAAUGAACUAUUUGGAUGCUAUUUUCCCUGGUCGUUGGAUCGUUGGAUUGGUCGUCGAGGUCCUACGGAAUGGAUUUGACCAGAAUUUGACCAGAUUUGACACCUUUAGACUUUUUUUUAUGGGGCUAUUUGAAGCAAAAUGUGUACGAAACUAAACCUGCUUCAAUAUUGGAUAUACGAGAAAUAAUUACAGAUAUUUGUAAAAAUAUCGACGUUACUAUGUUCGAAAAUGUUCGGAUAGGCUGUUCUUGUAUCAAGAAGUUCAAGGCAACCAUUUCCAGCUUUUUUUGAACAGAACUCAGCUUAUUUCCUCAAAUUAUGACGUUAAACGUCGAUUUAUUCAGGUAAUUAUUAAAUGUCCGCCAUUUUGUAGCAGGUGCAGAUAUUGACUUUAUAUUCCAGGGUUGUAGAGUAUUUGUCAGGAGCUUCAAAAUGAUGUAUCACAAGACCCCCCUUUCCAUUUAAAUUUAUUUCCCAAGAUGGCGCCCAGUCGCCAUCUUGAAAUUUUCAUCUGUCAAUUUUACUCCAAAAUAUAGUAAUCAUGCAUUAGUUUCAUUAUCCCAAAUUUCAAUUUUCUAAGUUGAUCCGUUCAAAAAAUAAAAGGGGGGGGGGACAUUAAAGAAAUGCACUGUAUAUAUUCAAAAGUUCUCACAACGUGUACAAAUCGAAUACAAUUUAAUAAAAUUUUUCUAAAAAAAUAUCUUCGUAAUACUAUUCGAAAUUUUGAGAGGAAAAACGUAUUGAACACUUCUUCUUAAAUCCUAAUGUGGAAGGUCGAAAAGAAAUCCGGAGCCCUGGAAAUCACGUGCUCGAAUUCCAUGUAGGAGAGCUUCCCGUCGCCGUCGACGUCCGCCUCUUCUAUCACCUUCUCGGCGAUUUGAUGUCGGUCCUCGGGCGUCAAGUCCUCGGUGUUUCUCGUGAGCAGAACCAGGGCUUUAUCGAUGUCUUCCAAUCCGAUGUGUUGGUCGCUAUCAAAG